AUGUUGCCCGCCCAGAUUUCGCCCCCGUUGAAAGCGUACAUCCCCCCUCCCCCAACAGCAGAGGAUCUGGACUUCGCUGACUUGGCAGUGAUUGAUCUCUCGAAGGCUUCCACAUUAGAGGGACAAGCAGAACUCGUUCAGCAGACACGCAAGGCGUUGUCAGAGGUUGGCUUCUUCUAUGUCGUCAACCACGGAUAUAGUCCCUCUCAGACGGCUCGCAUCUUCGAUAUCGCGAACUUAGCAUUUGAUCAAGUUUCCGACGAAGAGAAAAAGGAGUAUGCCCGGAAAGACCAGGCAGUGUAUCAAGGAUACAAACUCAGGAAAGAAUGGGUGAUUGAUGCUGGUGUGCGAGACGAGAUAGAGCACUACUCCAUCCACCGUAACGUCGUAGCCCAGGAACAUCCAGCAGUCCUGCGACCCUUCAUUCCUGAACUGGCUGCGUUUACAAGGCAAAAUCAUUACCAAGUACUCCACCCUAUCUUACGGCUGCUUGCAAAAGGCCUGGAGCUGCCUGAAGAUACAUUUACCAAAAUGCAUGGGUUCGAUGCACCUGGCUAUUCGUCGAUGAGGUUCCAGAAAUAUCAUCCCAGGGCAGACGCCGAUGAGGUGCUCGCUAAAAAUGUCUGGCUCAAAGGUCACACAGACAUUGGAACCGUGACAAUCCUUUACAGUCAACCUAUCGGGGGUCUGCAAAUCCUAUCUCCGGACAACAAGUGGAGGUGGAUCAAACAUGUCGACAACGCUCUUGUAGUGAACGUUGGAAACGGGAUUGAAUUCCUAUCUGGAGGCUACUACCGUGCGACUAAGCAUAGGGUCGUACAACCCCCCGCUGACCAACAAAACAUUCCGCGUCUUGGUGUCUUCUAUUUUUCCAUGGCGAACGACGACGUCAAACUAUCGCCCCUGGUCCAGAGCCCGCUGUUACAAAGAGAAGGGAUCAAAAAGUAUUUUACAGACGGAGAGGCUCCUACAAUGGAGGAGUGGCGAAGAGAAAGGACGUCUCGGUAUGGAACGAGCCAACUCAAGCCCAGCGUCACAGAGGAAGGCGUCGAAGAGGAAAUUAUCCACGGAACUGUUAUUAAGCAUUUUAACUAA